CACUCUUCUCCCCCACCUCUCUCUCUCUCGCAGAAAUUAAAGAAAGAAAAAUUCUCACACACACAAAAGAAAAAAAGAAAAGAAAAGAAAAGAAAUCACAUUAUUCUCCCAAAACCAUGGCAAGAGGUUCCUCUCACUCGCAAAACACCGCUUCCUCCACCACCACCCGUCCCGGCGUCAUGGCUCCUCGAGGUUCCGCUGCAGCGACGGCCGGAAUGCGUCGUCGCAGGGUUACGGGAGGCGCUGCUGCCACCUCCGCAUUGACCACCGUCGGCUCCGGAUCGAGCAACAUGCUCCGGUUCUACACAGACGAUGCUCCGGGCUUGAAGAUCUCCCCUACCGUUGUUCUUGUCAUGAGUUUUUGCUUCAUUGCCUUCGUCGUUGCUCUCCACGCUUUUGGCAAGAUCUAUCGCGCCAAAGCUGGAGCCGGAGCUGGACCGUGAAUCAUGACCAGAACCCGGUCUCGUUUUUUUUUCGGAUCUAUGAGGUGUUCUUGAAUCGGUAACUGAAUAAUAAUCGAUUUGGUUUUAACUUUUUGAUACUGUAAAUGAUGGAUGGGUGGCAAGCUUGAAAUUAACCAAUGGUGUUUGAUCCAGUUAGUUUUCAAAAUUUUCGUUAGUGUUCUUACCUUCUUUUAUUUUCCCGAGAAAGUGAAUUUAUUUUCUUUCAUUUUGUA